AUGAAAAUCAUCGAAACUCUAGACGAACAAAAGUUCCCAACUCGGCAUUUGAGAGAUGAUGGAAUAAAUAAAAUUAGAGAGCUGGAGAACUGCAUCGAAGAUGAAUCGAAGUUCUUAGAAGUUCUCAAUAAAUUAGCAGACAAAGAAUUCUGGGUGUCAGUCACAACUAAAGAUCUAUACUAUUGGAUAAAUGUUCUCAACAAAGUUGACUCUAUGUUUGAAACACUCAUUGAAACAAUCCACAAGCUUAACGAUCUCAAACAAGAGUUAGGAAAUCCCAAUGAAAUUUAUCAAGGUUGCUGCCAGAAACUCAGCAUUUUGCUAUCAUUCAGUAUGAACUUACUCAGAGAGUGCAACUCACGCUCGAUCUAUAGCUCUGUGGAUAGAUUUUCAGACAUUUUAAAAUGAGUAGAUGACUUUGAUAUCAUUUUUCUGUGCCUUGAAGCUAUUUAUGCCCUUAUUCGGAAAUCAUGCCUGACUGGAAAGUUCACUAGAGCACAUGAGCUCGACGACCAUGACCUUUUGAAGAUGAUUGCUUUCUGGGCCAAUUGCUUUCACUCUUUCGCAAACAAGCCUAUGAGUAUUUUUGAAUCCGUUGAUAUUAACAAAAUAAUUCCUGUUGAAAAACACAAGCUAUCGCUGCUUAAGAGCAUAGAAAACAUCAGAACGCUCAUUAGCGUUAAGGUUCCGACAGAUGAUUCGAAUCGUGAUGAAGGAAGAGCACCAGAGCAAUUUGCAAUCUUUAGUUACAGAAAUAUCAACGCCGUUCUUGAAAAACGCAAAACAAAAGAAAGACAUAACCUUGAUCCCUACAUAAUGAGGACACUUAUUGGGAGCAAAAUCUAUGCUACUCAUUGACAAGAACAAAACUUACUGAGUGCUAACAAGGUAACACUCAAAGCCAAGUCUGUCUUCAUCCAUUUAUCGAUUGUCGAAGAAGGAGAUCUGUUCAAUGUUGACAGAUUCAACAGAAUGCACCCAUUUACUGAUUUUAUUCCAGAAUUAAUAGCAUUCCUGACUCAGAAAUGCAAUAGCGAAUUACACACAAUUUCGCUUGAAAUCAUCCACAGUUAUCUAUGUGCAUCAUUGAACCAGUCAGAGAAUACAAAUCCAUACAAACAUGCUCCAAGCCAGAUUUUAAAUUCUCUAGGAGUGACUAGUAAUGGGACAAAGCCAGUUCAUAGAAUUCUACAUGAUCUAACAAGCCUAAAAAUUGUUCAAAGCCAGGAAGAGAAUCUAAGUGCAUUCGACACACCUGAGUACCAGCUAAAAAGCAGAGCUGGAUUUCUGCCAAAUGAAACAGCUAAAGAUCCAGCUUUCUGUGAUCAGUUCUUGGAAGUUUUAUAUCUAAUUAGUACACAGUUCAGAAACAAUACAAGAUCUUUCAUUAACGAAUUACUGAAGUUCCUUGAUGCUAAACCACAAAAUGGAUAUUAUGUAUUUAAGCACAGUCAAGUAACUAAGGCUGCAAGGAUCCUUCACUAUACUUUGAAAAAUAACUAUGAAGAAUUUAAAGCAGUUGAAAGAACAAUUACCAGACUCAAGGUUGAAAUUAAUUUGAUUUUAAAAGACUCUCAUCAAGAGAUUCCCCUUGAAAACUGGAGGUACAUUCAAGCAAAGGAUGCAAUAAUCCAUGGAUCUUCACGACAAGAGUUCUUUAGAGUCCUUUUUAGACUCCUCAAUGGAUCUAUCUUCAAAAACGAUCCUAAUUUUGCUUCUAACUCAAAGAAGAUUCUAGAUAAUGGUCUAUUGACACAUUGUUUGAAGCUUUUUGCUGAAAACAGAGAGGAAAACUCAAACACUCAUGAUGUUGUGUUAGUCUGCAGUAUGCAUUUAAUGUCUUUGGUGAUAAAUGAUUUACCAGCUCAGAUCCCUAAAGCUUGUGACAGUUUCCUGAAUGAUACCUUUAAGAGCUUGGAACAGAGAGUACCUAAUUACAUUGAGUUUUACCUAGCUCUUUUGAAGCUUAUAACAGCUGUAUCAAUUCAUGAUAAGGGUAGAGAGCAGUUAAAGCUUAGCAAACUGAUUGAGAAGGCCAUGCUCGUCCCUCUUGAGCCAGGAUAUGGCUACCAUUAUAUCAAUUGAGAUAAAGCAUAUGAAUAUCACCAGUACCUUAGAGACUUACUUAGGAAUGAUGAUGAGUAUAGGAAGAGAGCUGUUAUCCAGCUAUUGAAAAAUGUGGACUACCUUAUCGAAAGUUCUGUUGCUCUUGCUAAUAAACCCAAAGAACAAAUAGAAGAUGGAAGGCUGAAAGACAAAUUUGAUGAUCAACUCGAUUCUUUCUUCAACCUUUUGCAUCACAUCAUUGAAGAUAACACCAGAAUGAACAAUGAGAAGAUCAUUGAGAAAAGUGUUUGAUCUGCUGAAAUGUCUGAGAAACUACUUACCUUGUUCAAGGUUCCAAUAGUGGCAGAUGCUAUUGCCAAAGAAACAAUCAUAUACAAAGAAGUAUUCAAAUCCUUCAUCACCGAGUAUCCUAAAUUGCUUGAAAAUGUACAUGCAGACUUAAUUAGUAGCCUUGAUAGUGUGGAGAAGAUUCUUGGCCCGCUUGAAAAUGCAACUGACUUUUUGCCUGAAAACAGAGAUAUGGAUGUUGCCCAAGAAAAUAAUUCAGUGGAAGUAACAAAAAGCAACAUUACGACCCUUGAAUACAUUAAGAGGGAUGAUGAGAAGCUGAGAGUUCUAUAUUGUCUCAUCAAGAACUAUUCAACCAUUUUAAGGAGUAGCAGUAGAAGAUUCGAUGCAUUUCUUGGAAUGGAUAUCUCAAGCACUAUCAAAAGGUUGGUUAGCUUAAGAAGAGCUAUUAUCAUGGGAGGCUCAGAUCUAUAUGCAACAAAGCUCAAAGAAGAAUUUGAGACACACAAAGAGUCCAUACUUGAGUUUGAUAAAAAGAUCGAAGAACAUAAAAGAGCUGGUGAAGAUUCUCAUGAAAAUGAAGAAGCAGAUCCUAAAAUAAUUGGAGAGUUGAAAAGAGAAGAAUACAUGAAGAGAUAUAAAAUUGUAGGCAGUAAUAAUUAUGCCACUGCCAAUUUCGCAGGAGUUUUAGAGUUUGACAAAGACAAUGUUUCAGAUGUUGAGAGAGAGGCUGAGCAAUGACAAACAGAAGUAAAUAAGUUAGUUCAUUUAUGGUGGAAGAAGAAAAUUCAAAGAGGAUCAGAAAUGGCUGGAAAGAACAUUGAAGCUAUUGUUGAUUCAACUAUCUUCAUGAGCACAGUCUUAUCUCCUGAAAACUUGAACAAUGUAAUAGAUCCUAAAAAUUUUGACUUAGACAAAGUUGAUAUCAAUGAAGCAAUGGCUAGUUUUGCUAAAUUUAACCAAGUUGUAGAAGAGUAUACAAAGUUAAUGUCUUCAGAUUCUCCUUACAUUACUAAUUUCUACAUGAAGAAAGGAUUUAGAAAUGUGUUCGGACUCUACCACUGGCUGAGAGCUGUUACUCCAAUUUUUGAACAACUCAAAGUCAAGAGAAUAUUAUUCAGCAAGCACAUUCAACUUCUCUGGAGCAAUAUUGGAGACCAUUUCGCUUCAGUAGUUGAAUGAAAAUUCUUGAAAGAUGGAAGAGACCCUCCUUCUUGUAAGACAGAUAAGCAUAAAGACACAGAUGAGUUUGUGAGUUCUCUGUUCUAUCACAUUUGCAGUGAAAUAUUUAAGCAAGAAGAUAUAAUAACAUUUUAUCUUCAGAAUUCCAAGUUCUUUUUGGAGUGAAUGAUAGACAUCAUGAAGUUGCUGAUCACUGGCGAUUGCUUUAGACAAUUGAAUGUUAAUGGGCAAGAUGAGGAUAGAGAUGAUGAACAAGAGCCUGCUCAACUUAGAAUUGAUGAGGAAUCUAUAGGCCUUAUUACAGGAAUGGGUUUCUCUAGAGGAAUCGCAUCUGCAGCACUUAGAAGGACAUAUGGAAAUGUUGAGCAGGCAAUUGAACUUGCCCUUACCGGAGGAAUUUCACCAGAAGAAGAGGAGAAACAGAAUUCGCAGCCUGACGCGGAAAUGGAAGAGGAAGAAAAAGUAGAUACUGAGAAAAAUAAAGAAGAAAUCAAAAUGGAGGUUGAUGAUCCAGAAAUAUUCGUGAUUAAUCGAGAUAAACUUGCUGCUGCUACAAAAGAAUGGCUUAAAAUGCUAUUCAAUUGGAUUCUAACAGGAUUCAACAGUUCUCUAACCGACUUAGACAUGGUAAACAUCACCCAGUUCAUGCUGAAGUAUGUGACUUCAGAUGAAGAAGUUGAAACUCUUAUGAAUACAUGAAUCGACGUAAUGAAAACAGUGGAAGGGUUUUUAUUUGAUGGUGAUGAGAAUACCCCAAUAUUCACAAAAGAUAAAGAUGGAAAUUCACCUAUUGUGCUUCCAGUAGAAACCGAAGAGUCCAAAAAGGCAAUUUCUAGAGAUUUUAAUAGUUACGAAUAUCAAAAAGAAAGGAAAGCAUGACUAAAGAAAGUAGCUACUCUCACCAAGAUUUUAUCAAGUAUGGUAAACUAUUUAGUCAAAAAUGUGGGAUUCUUCAAAUCAAUUACAGAUCAUUUCUGUUUAUUGAUACAAAGAGCAAAUAAAGAAAAACUCAAAUUCAUUCCGAAAGAGAAGGAGUUCCAAAUAGGAGAUCUUACUGAUGUAGAGCCACCAAAAUCUGAGUUCCAAAUCUUCCAGGACAUUGUUGAUAAUUGCCUGACUUUGAUAAUUACUGGGUAUGGUAUUUAUACUCUCAGUAGCAUGACCAAGGAGCAGGUUGAGUUAACUCAACAAACUCAAUCUUUAAUGAAGAAAGCGGAAGAAGACAAGCAGCAAGUUAGAAAAGACGACAAGAAGAAAGAAAAUAGUGAAGAUCAGCCGGAUAAAGAAAUGAGUGAAGAGACUCAUAUUUACCCAGAUAGAGUUCUAUCCUUCAUAACUAAUCUUCGUAACUGGAGAUAUGAUGGACCUGACUCAACCUUAAAGAAUGUUGAUGGAAUUAUGAGCUCAUGGAACAAACAGCUAUCUGAAGAACAUUUCAAUAAAAUUGCUUUGGCUUUGAUUGAGCAUGCAGGAGAUAAUUUUGAUUUAUCUUUCACACAAAGCAGCUUCCAGAAUUUGAUGUAUCUUCUACUGAAAUUGCUAGAAAACCAAGAGAACUCAGAUACAUUUUUGAGAGGAAAUUGGUUCAAGAAACUAUUGAAUAUCAAGUCUAAAUUAAAACAUAAAGGCAGAUGGAGAAAUUACUUCACCAGCAUCGUUAUUAAGCUAAUGGAAGACGAGAAUGCUAUUCUUGAGGCUUCAGAGAACAUAAUUCGUAAAAUACUUUACUUCAAGCAUGAUGAAGAAUUUUCCAAAGAAAUCAGGAAAAAUAAAGAAAUAUCUAUGAAGAAGAGAAAGAAAGAGAAUGAGCAAAAAGAUCAGCUACCUCAGGAUAAUGCUAAUCAGAAAAGCCAAGGUGAAGCAAAUGCGACAGGAGAAGAUUUAAAUCCUGGAGAAGAGGCCAAACAGGCAAAGCCUAAAGAAGAAUCUCUUAUUAUAAAGAAAUCUGAAUCUUCGGAUGCUGUCACUCCUUCAAAUCCAAGUUUGAUAAAGAAUAAACGCUCCAAGGGAUCAGAGAGCACCGUUCUGAAGAAGAGUGAUAUUGCUUAUCUUACUUUUAAAAACUGAUCUGGAAUCAAGCUCAGCCAAUUUUUAGAGCAGCUGAGAUCUGUUGAGGUCAGAGCCAGCAGUAUUUUCAUCAAGGCAUGCUCUAACCUCUGUGAAAUUGAGUAUGUAAAAGAAUAUGAUGUAGAAAUGAAUAUUAAAAAUGAGUAUAAGAUCAUCAAGCUUAAGGAUUCUGUUCUAAGAGAUUGUAUUGCUAAGCAAGCUAAAGAGAGCUCAAACAAUUUUAAGAAUCAACCCCCAGCUACUGAGGGGAAGAAGCUUUUAGAUAGUAAGCCAAUUAAAUCUGGCUCACUGACAGCAAGGUCUAAAAGCGAUUCUAGAACCGGCCUUACUCCUCCUUCUAAGAGAGACAACUUCCUUGUAUCAAGUUUGAUAAGUGCACAAGAAAGGUUCCCAAAAUGGAAAAAGAAAGUUGUUCUUAAUAUUAUCGAAAAGAUAGUGGACAAAUUCUACAACUGUAAUUUUGAAAAUUUGAAAAGCUCUCCUAAAGAAGACAAAUAUUUCGCAUCACAAUGAAUUUUCAGCUAUGAGGAUCUGUUGCAGAUUUUAACCAAGAUAAUAAGAACUUAUCCAAGCACCGCCUCAUUGGUUGUAAUUUACAAAUCUAAGAAACUGAAGCCAUUCACUAGUUUUGGAGAAUUUUUGGUUAAGAAGAUUUACGAUAUGGGAUUCAUCACAUGGAGUUACUACAAUCCAGACAAAGAUUCAGAGCUUGGACCAGAAGAGCAGAUCCAAACAUGCUAUGAUGCAGGAGGUCCCAAGCAUGAGUCUAAGCUUGACGAAAAACAUAUAAAAUACAGAGUUAAGUGGGGUAGAAAUAAUGAAUGGGAGAACACGAUCUCACAAAAUAUGAAAACUCUCAUUGGUUUUAACUGACUUAUGACCCCACAAGAAAGUAAAAUCAAACUUGAAAUCAAGAAAGCAAUCCUUGGAGCACUUCUUGAGAAAGCAGCCGUUCCAUCUGAACUGAAUAACUUAAAAUCUGUAUCUUCAGUUGCUACUGCUUUAAUUUUAAUCAGAAAACUUUUGAGUCAUGACAAUUCUUCUCCAUUAGCAUACAGCAAGGCUAAUGUAGCGCACACUUUAACGAAGUUAAAAUCAGGAACAAAGGUCUUCAAGAUUUUAUCUGAUCUAUUGAAAUCAAUUCAUCUUUCAUCCAUCCCAAGUUUCCAUAUCUUGAGUCCUUUGCUGGUUCCACUGGUAGAUAGCAUGACUUACUGCAAUCUUCAAAGGAAGAAGCCAGAAAGCGAGGUUAUUCUAGAGAUGGAGCAGGAGCAGCAUGACUCCCCUGAAGAUCCUGAAGUGUUACAGCAAGAUUCUGAGGAUGAAGGGGAUAUGUAUUUCUUUGGUCUCGGUCCAUUAGAUGAAAACUCUGAAGAUCCUGAAGGAGAAGUGGCAGAUAAUCAAGAUGCUGAUUCUGAAGCAGGAGAAGGAGAAAUGAAUCUUAACGAUAAUGAUGAUAUAGAACAAGCCUAUGCACAAGCAGAUGAAAACGAUACUGAGAGUGAGAACGUAUCUCUUGAUGAUCUUAUUGAAGAACUUAAAUACGAAGAUGAUGGAGAGAGCGAUUCAGAACAAGAUGAUGACAAUCAGGAGCAAGUAGAAGAAAAUAGCAUUCACAGUAAUUCAAACUCAGAGGAGGGUUCCGACUCUGAAGGAGAAGGAAAUGAAGAAGACCUUAAUGUACUCUACGGAAAUGAACCUUUUGAGCUUGAAAUUGAGAACGAAGAUGAAAUGGGAGAAUUAUUCAACCAGAAUAUGGAGGAGAAUGAACUUACUGAUGAGCUUGAAAUGGAAUUUCUUGAUGCUAACCAAGAGAUGAUGCAACAUCUUAGAAAUAUCAGAAGACCAAGACAUCAAAUUGAAAGCAAUGAUGAAGAAGAAGAUGAGCUCAUUGAAAUUGACGAUGAUGGUGUUGGCGGAUACAGGAGGAUCAUGCACAUGGUCAAUAGGUUUGGAGGCAGAGAUGGAAAUAGAAGAAACCAAUUCCUAGGAAGGGAUGGUAAUCAAUUUGGUAUCCCAGACUUGUUCGAACGACAUGGUAGAGAUAACAGAAGAGAUAGCGAUAGGAGACACGGAAACGAUUUAGACUCCUUCUUUCAAGUAAUCAAUCAGAACCAGAAUGAUAACGAGAUAUCUUAUUGGAUUCCCCCAGUAGACGAAAACGAAGAAAUAGAGAAUGGCCGGUACAGGCUAUCUGAUAUUGGAAGAUUUGAUAGACCUAUAGAAGACAGGCUCAGGCAUGAUGGAUUCGCAAUGGAGUUCCAAAGAAUCAGAGCUCAAAUUGACGAACUUCAAGAGUACGGUGGUAGAUUAGGAAAUAUAAAUCAAAACAGAAGGAGAAAUGAAGAAGCAAAGCAAGCCAGAGAAUCUCCAUCGAUAGCUAACCCAUUCAAUAUUGCGAGGAAUCUUAAACAGAAUAAAACUUCGAUAUCUGAACUGCUUGAAAAUAGCUGUGACACUAAGGUCAUAGAAAACAAGCCAUCAAAAUCAGAGAUUGAACAAUUUGAAAAAUCCAAAAAGGAAAAAGAAGAAAGCUUGCUCAAGCAAAAGGCUGAAAUGGAGAAACAAAAAGAGCAGCUCUUGAAGAAUAAGGAAGAAUUGGAGAAACAAAUGAAGGAGCAUAGAGCAGCAGAAGAACCCCAAAUUGAAGGCAUGCAAUCUAUGAAUCUAAGGAGACAAUCUGAAGAGAAUGUUCAACAAGAGAGUGUCCAAAAUCCUCCAAAUGAAGAAGGAAAUAUAGGAGAAGUUAGCCAAGAUGUGCCAAUGCAGCCUUCUAAUACUGAAGACCAGACAGAGAAUACAGCUCAUAAUAGAGAAAAUACUAGUGUAAAUCAUGAUAAUCAACAACCACCCAUCCAAGAGGAAAAUAAAGAAGAAAAUAAAGAACCUCAAAAUCCAGGAAAUUCAACAUCCCAAAAUACUGGUGCUAGAAAUGAAAAUGAGCAACCAUCUUCGCAAGAAGUUCCAGAUAACGUUGAUCCAAGAAUUGCAGCAAUGAUUCGUUCCUUUGACUUAACAUUUGAUCAGGUGAGGAAUGAAUCAAUAGAUAUCGAAGUUCUAGGGUUCUUACCAGAGGAGGAAGUAGCAUCAAUCUUAUCAUCUAUCCAAGUUGUUUCUCAAGAUGUAGCACAGUCAUCAGCUGAAGUGGAUCAACAGCAACAGCUUGCUGAAAACCCUCCUAGUGCUGUAAGAGAAGAGCAACCAUCUGAAGAAGAGAAACAAAAUUCUUUGAGAGAAUCUGAAAAUGCAAACAAUGAACAAGAACAAGCACAAGAUCAAGAGCUUCAAAAUGAGGAAGCUAGAUCUUCUCAACAAAUUGAGCAACCUCCACUACCUUCACAGAAUGAGUCUCAAGAAAUUAUCCCUCCAACUCAAGCAAAUCAGCCAGAUACUCCUGCAAGUCAACCUUUGCCUCAAAUGCAAGAAAAUCUCUCAAACGAUCAACUUCUCCUAGAUUUCAUGAGUGGAUUACAGAGAAGACAGUCGGAUCUUCCUCUAAAUCCUGGAUCUGGAAUUCCUGGCAUGCAAAAUAGCAAUAUUGAGAAUAAUAUAACAAGAGUUCUUGAACAGACAUUGAGAAAUGCUGGAGGUCCUCCAGCUAAUAUGUUCCCUCCAAUGGGAGGCAUGAACUUUACGAUGCCAUCAAUGCCUCAAAUACCACCGAUGCCUUCUCAACAAAAUAUUGGAAGGUCACCUGCUCCAUCCGCUCCUUCACAACCUGUGCAUAUUCCAAGUAAUGCUCCUGCUCAGGAGUCAUCACCAAUGAGAGAAGGUGCUCCUGUUAUUAGGAAUGAAAACGAGGAAAACAAAGGAGAGCAAGCAGAGAAUGAUAACCAAGCUUCGCAAUUACCAGAAGGAAUUGAUAUGGAGUUAUUUAACUCUCUCCCUGAAGAAUAUAAGCAAGAGCUUUUAGCUGAUGCUAACCUCAUGAGAAGAAAUCUAGGGCAGCCUCCUGCUGAGCCUGAGCCACCUCAGAGAGAGUCUGAUCCAAUGGAUACAGCUUCUUUCUUAGCUUCCCUUACGGAUCAAAAUCUCAGAAGAGAAAUACUCAUUACAAUGGAUGAACAGACAAUGCAAACACUUCCUGAACAUAUCCAAGUAGAAGGCAGAAGAUAUCAGAGAGAACUCCAGCGCAGACAUCACAGGAGACAAGCCAAUCCCGAGAGAAUGUUUAGGAGGAUGAUGAACAGAGUUGACCGAGAUCAAAAUCAUCCCAGACAUAGAGAUCAGAGACAAGACGAUUAUAACUUUGUUGAGAUUUUAUGUAGAAUGGAAGAAAAACUUAUUCAAUCCAAUCCUGAAGCAUCUGACAUCAGUACCAGCACAAUUAGACAUGUCUUUACCGAUGACAAAAACUUAAGGAGUUUGAUUAGAAUUAUAAUGAUUGCAUCUCAACAAAAGGAUUAUAUUGAUUUUAAAACUCUGGCAGCUCCAAUUGAUAACUGAUGUAAAAACCCUGUAAUUAGGUCCAAGAUAAACCAAAGCUUUAUGUUGCUCUUGAGGUACUACAAAGAUUUUUUGACUCAUUUCCAGCAAUCUAUUAGCAGAAGAACUGAUUUAACAGUGUCGUCAAUCUUCCCUCCAGUUUAUAUUCCAAAUCAUGAAACUAAGUAUCUGGAGGAAAUUCACCAUCCUAAAAUUGCCUUGUUUAUUUUUAAGCUCUUCAGUUAUAUGACUACAAGAGGAUAUGGAGAAAAUGAAGAAGUUAGAAUUGCUUUCUAUUCUAGAGAGAAGAAACAUAAUUACAACCAAGUCCAAAACUGGUUUAAUCCAUGAGAAAAGGGAACAUUCGAACCCCAGUUUAUUGAAGAUUCUCCUUUCUUGAGUUUACUGAAGUAUAUAAUAUCGGCCGAUUUCUUCUCUAACCAACUAGAUACUUCUGAAAUGCUGAAAAUAGCUUCUAGUUUAAUUAAAAAUUACAUAAACCCAAUCAGACAGAAGAAGGUUGAACUCGAUGAGGAAACACUAGCUACCUUAUUCAAGCUCAUCACUUUGAAAAUAGAUAAGGAAACAGUAAAUCAAAUAUGCGGCUUGUUCCACUCUAUUGCUUUGAUCAAACCAGAAUGAAUAUUUGAAAAUUUUAAGAAUAGCUUCAUUGCCACCAUCCCUUCAGUCAAAGAGCAACUCUUUACAGAAGUGCAAGAAGCCAUUGAGUACCAGUCAGAAGAUGUUAGCAUGGAAGAACAAAAAGAAGAAGAGAAGAUUGAAACAUCUGCAAGACCAAGAACAAGAAGCAUCAUUGAUGAAGUAAACGUCAAAAGCAUUGCAUUUGAAGGGGCUCACAGACUUGAAAGACUGGUCAAAAUCUUCAAGAUACUCCUUCAACAAUUUAGCAAAUCCCAUAGAUCAGCUGCUAGCGAAGAAGAAAGAAAUAAAACUGCAAAUUUAAAGAAAGACGGAUUAACCAUUCUUGAUAUCCCAGAACUUAAAGACUUGUUUAUGGUUUUCAGUGACAUUUUAGCCAAGAUUAAUGAAAAUGACAUUUCUGACACCAUUAAGCUUGUAGGAAUUACAAUGUUCAUAUGCUUCCAAGAAGACUUUAAAAAAAUUGAACAGAAAGUCUUCGAUCACAGCUUCGAAGGAGCCCAUGUAGUGAUGCAAGAUUACCGUGAUGCUGAGAACAAACAGAUAAAAGGUUUUAUUGAUGAAACUUACCUUGAGGAUGAAAGAGUGAAGUUCUUAAUUGAUCUAUGAAACAAACACAGAAAGAUCUUCAAUUCUUUAAUAAGACAGAACAAUACCUUGAUUAGAGACUCUCUUAAGAGUAUGAUCUACGUAGUCCCCGAUAUCUUCGAUUUUGACAACAAGCAUCACUUCUUCAGACAAGAAAUCAACAAGAUAAAGAGGUCAUCAAGAUAUAACACUCUCAGAGUUGAAGUAAAGAGAGACAGCCAAGUUAGGAUUUUCCAGAAUAGUUUUGACCAAAUCAACUCUCUACCCCCAGAAGACUGGAGAGGAAAGCUAGAAGUAGUAUUCACAGGAGAAAGAGGACAGGAUGCAGGAGGAUUGACUAGAGAGUGGUUCACCGAAAUCUCCAAGCAAAUGUUCAACCCCAAUCUAGGAAUGUUCAGUCUCUCAGAUUCAGGAUCCACUUACUAUCCAAAUCCAAAGUCUUAUGUUCAAAAUAACCAUUUGAACUAUUUCAAAUUCAUUGGAAGAGUCAUUGGAAAAGCUUUGCUCGAAGAGCAAUACAUUGCAUGCUCUUUUAUCAAGUGUCUAUAUAAACUUAUGAGAGGAGUCCCAAUUAGUUGGCACGAUAUUGAAGACUAUGACAACACUUAUUACAAAAAUCUAAAGUGGACUUUAGAGAAUGAUGCUACUGUACUUGAGCAGACAUUUGCUGAGACUAUUGAUUUCUUCGGCCAAACAAAAAUUCAUGACUUGAUCGAAAACGGACGCAAUAUCCCGGUUACAAAUGAUAACAAAAAAGAAUACAUUCAGAAUGUAUCUUUCUUCAAGCUUUACACAAGUAUCAAAGAGCAAGUGGAUGCAUUCUUGAAUGGAUUCUAUGAUUGUAUUCCAAGAAAACUAAUUUCUAUUUUCGAUCACGGAGAAAUUGAAUUGCUCAUUUCAGGACUUCCAACUGUUGAUAUUGACGAUAUGAGAGCAAACACUGACUAUACAAAUUAUAAUGAGAACUCAAUGGUGAUCCAAUGGUUCUGGGAAGUUCUCGAAGAAUUCAAUAACCAAGAGAAAGCCGAGUUCUUGCAGUUUGUCACAGGUUCAUCUAAAGUGCCAGUUGAAGGAUUCUGUGCUUUACAAGGAAUGAGAGGACCUCAGAAGUUUAAUAUUCAUAAAGUAUUCGGAGAUGAUGUCAACAGACUUCCAGUCUCCCAUACAUGCUUCAAUCAAUUAGAUUUGCCAGAAUACUCAAACAAGGAAUUGCUCAAAGAAAGAUUGCUAUAUGCAAUUAGUGAAGGAAAGGGUAGUUUCCAGCUUGCUUAA